ACAUGACUAGACUGAGAGUCGAGUACUAGUAAAGGUUGAGGUCGAGUAGCUCGUGUAUAUAGUAGUAUUAUAUCAGGUUUUCUUGAUAUUGACGAGUAUUUGACUACCUACCAAGCUACUUAGGUCUUAACGUUCUCAAUUUCUUCAAGAUGGCUGACAAAGACGAGAAAUCGGGGGAUAAUUCUGAACACGAUGCCUCAACUCCUCUCAACCCAAAAGAAGAGCAACCAGCCGACCAAGAUCCCGAAGCGCCGGUCGUGCAAGAUAAUCUUAAUAGAGUUGAGUUGAAGAAAAGCGUUACGUUACUCAGUGGAAUCUCAUUCAUCGUAGGGACGGUCAUCGGUUCUGGGAUCUUCGUUUCUCCGACAGGAAUCCUUGUUACUUCGAAAUCCAUCGGUCUUUCGUUAAUAGUUUGGUUAGGAUGUGGUGUCUUAGCGAUGCUUGCAAGUCUCUGUUAUACCGAGCUUGGAACGGCCGUCCCUAAAUCAGGAGCUGAAUAUGCGUACCUUAUGAAAGCCUUUGGUCCUAUCCCUGCCUUCUUGUUUGCUUGGACGGGAAUUGUCAUCAACAGGCCUGCGAUAUGUGCCAUCGUUUCGCUUAUAUUCGCCGAGUACGUUGCGAAGCCAUUCUUUCUUGAUUGUAGACCACCAGAAGCUGUAAUCAAACUAUUGGGUCUUUCUUGUAUAGUGGUGGUGACAGGGAUUAACUGCUGGAGUGUGCGCUGGGCAACAAGGGUUCAGAGGAUUUUCACUUAUGCAAAGCUUCUUUGUAUCGCCUUGUUAGUCAUUAUUGGAGUAGUAGAAUUAUGUAGAGGGAGAACUGAAAAUUUACAGAAUGCCUUUGAGAAUUCAGAGACUGAUCCUGCUAAGAUAGGCUUUGCCUUCUACAUUGGACUCUGGGCUUACGAUGGAUGGAAUUCACUUAAUUAUUGUACUGAAGAGAUGAAAAAUCCUUCCAGGGACAUGCCACGUGCCAUUAUGAUUGGCAUCAGUCUGGUAACUGCAUGUUAUUUGAUUGUCAAUGUUGCCUACAUCACUGUGCUUGGUGGUUCAGGUAUCCUUAAAUCAGAGGCUGUAGCUGUGAGUAUUGGUAAUGCUUACCUUGGACCAGUCAACUGGAUUAUUCCUUUGUUUGUGGCAGCAUCAACCUUUGGUACAGUUAAUGGAGUUGCUUUCACCAGUGGAAGGUUCCUAUCGUCAUUCCCAUCUUCAUGCUCAUUGCCUCAACAUACCUCGUGAUUGCUCCUAUAGUCGCCAAGCCCUUGGGUUCUCUCAUUGCUUUAUUGAUUGUCGUUGCUGGACUUCCCUUUUAUUUCUUUUUCAAGUCUAAUUUGGUUCCACAAUGGUUCAGAAAUGCUAUUGAUGACUUCACGUAUGGAUCUCAAAAAGUCUUCAACAUCGCGGAAACCGAACCAAACGAUGAUUAGAACUGUCGUACAUCUGAAAAGAUGGAUAUCCAUUUCCAUUAGUACGCGACCCAGACAACUAGCUAUUUGCUAUGCCAAGGUUGCGAGUUGGUAUUGCAGUGCAUUAUUGGACUGCUUUAGAGGACGUAAUAGAGCAGUUUUCGUAUGACCGUGAAAAGCCCACGGCACGAACACGGUCGUGACACGGCAAGGCGUUCGCCAGACCAAUCACCUUGCGCGAGAAUUUAUUCUCCAUCCAAUCGAAUACCCGUAACAUGGCAUGAACACGACACGGACACGGUCACGACAAGGUCACGGCACUGUCAGACCAAUCACAUUGCGCGAGAUUAGCCAAUUAAAAUUUUAAAAACUCACGAUUAAGGCACUGCACRCUUACGACACUGCCGAAUUUCCCACAAUGCACUGUAAUGCCAACUCGACCCAGUCUAUUUCUCUAUUUAAGACAAUUUAGGAUUUUGGCUUCCGUCAAUUAAAUUUCCAACUGCUUCAGUCGAGUAUAGCCAGACGUCUUGGGUAGCCUGUGUUGGUCGAGUAACAAUGAAAAAGGGUGUAAUAUCGUUUAACUAAACUGUUAUGAAAAAAAAUCACUUGUAGUAGGAAAAUAGCAGAUUAAAUUUCGAUUUGUUUUACUUUCCUAAAGGAAGGCUAAGAUAUUAUGAAUAUUCUAGGUAAAGUAUUCUUUGCAUUUUAAAGGUUUCUCAGCUAUAAAUCUAGUUAAAUAAUUUAAUUAUCACUUAAGCAAUUAAUUUAAAUUGAUUAGAUCACUUGCAUUUAUUAAUUUUUUUAAAGAAUAGCUUAUGUUGAAAUAUAGCUCAAAAUGUCGUAUUUCUACUUUCCUAAGUGAARGAUAAAUAGUCACGUGAUAGGAAGACCUUUCUGCGUUGUUUAGACAGCGAGUUGUCGUCCCUCGACUAAAUAACUAUCAUUUUGAUCAAGGGUAGUUUCAAAUGGUCAAAAUUUUUACUGAAUCGCCAAAAGGGCUUCUCGCAUUGUAUUUUCGUCAUUUUCGCAAUGAAUACUUUAUAGUGCGAAAUUGAUUCUUAGAUUGUUCUUCACAGCACACAGUCAUUUUUCUAGUUUCAACAGCUUUUUCAUUCACUCAUAUUCAUUCAAAUGCAAUCGCUCGACGAAUUUUGAUAUUCUACAGGGGAGAACAUCAGUAAUCCAAUAAAAAUUAAAAUCUUAGUUUCGUCCACACGUAUUCGGAUAUUUUUAAAAGCGGAUUUUUUUCUUCGCGGAUUGGACUUCGAUUCACACAUUUUCGGUAAGCCACUUGGAAAGCAACUUUUUAAUAAAGGAUACGUGUAGAGAUGCUAAAACGAUUCGAAAACGCCGCGUAUGGAUGAGAAUUUUUACAAAAACGGAAUAAAAAAAAGCCAUUAUUUCAAAAUUAUCCCGAAACGUGUGGACGGGGCUCAUAGAGAACACCUUCAAUCACUCUUUUUCGUCGCUUCAUUCUUCAUUGUCUUUACAUAUUGUAAUGCACGUGUGAGUCGUCUAUUGUAAAUUCAGUUGAGAAAAUAUAUUUGUAAAGUAGUAUACAUAGCGGCACUAUUUACACACAAGCAAACACACAAGUUACUCCUUGGCACUAAACUGGCUUCCCAUUACAUUUUUUCAUGCGUUUUAUCCAAUCAUCUCGUGUAGUUAAAUUUUAACAGUGAAAUUAAUAUACUUUAGUAGCAUCAAGAGAUCAUGGUCUAUUGGUAGCAUAUAUUAAUACGCCCAUCUGUGCCGAAGUCUUAGCGCAUAAUUCUGACAGUAGUGCCUAUGACGUCAGGAAUGCGUGUAACAAACAAUUGCGAGACCUUUUUUCUGCAUUCAUGGUUCUAUGUUUAGUAAAAAUGUUUAUUUUCUCAAA